UUUACAUUAGAUAGACAGAGAAGUAGACGAACUUUGACUUUGCUACUUCCUGGUUUAAGUUGGUAAUAAUAAAUAUGAAGAAUGGACGAAGUGGCGCCCUUGUCUUGGCGGAGAUAUGCUCAUUUUAAUUUAUGACACCUAUAUUGUAUCUGAUCUGUUCAAUACAAAAUAAUGGAAGAUCCUGAAUUAGAUUUGGAAAUGGCCUCACCAGCAGGCAGUUUUCUUAAUGAAGAUAAUUCAGCCAGCAUGGAGAGCCUGCCCAUUGAAGAGCAGCCGGGGGAAGAUGAAGAUGAAGAUCUCUAUUACAUUCCACCAAGAAGACCCUCUCUGGACCUAGGGCCAAGUCCUAUGGAAACAGGCGCACUGCUUUAUGUGGAACGCCCGGAGUCUGCAGCUGCAAGUUACAUGUCAAUGAGAAGUGAAGGCAUUGGUAGUUCUGUUAACUUGUCUGAAGAUGACAGGUCACUUACAAGGAUCCAUCUAGAAAGAACAGACUCUUUUUCUACCUGUUACUCUGUGGACAGUGACGAUUGUGAAAAAAGGACAUUAAAGGCUAAAAAUCAAGAUGGUGCAGACGAUGAUAAUACUUUUCCAGAGCUAAAAGAAAAUCCCACUGAGAUUCUUCAUCCCUCUCUGACCAUACCAUUUGUUUUUAAGGCCAUUUGUGAUGUCCUAAAGCAGCUGAAACCAUUGGGUCUGGAGGCCUUUCGGACAUCUUUGUGGCAGCGUUACCCACAAUCCUUCAACAUCCCUCUACAAAACAUGGAUAUUGUGGACAUAGUGGACCGGAUGCUUGAGUGCUACAGCCUACGUGUGUCUUUGCAAAUUACAAAGACUCUGCUGCGAGAACUUGAACUGAAGAGGCUGGUUGAUUUUCUUGAGAAUUUAGAACUACAAAAUGAAGUGCGCUAUGAUUUAAGUGAGAGAUUCAAGAAGAUUUAUGGAGUGAUUGAAUGUUCAGGUGAAGAUAAACCCUUGGAUGAAAUUUUCACAGAUGUCAAUAUUAAAUCAGUGCGUGACAAUGGUCCCAGCAUUGAACAUGAAGUGAUGUCGAUACAAAAACCAGAAACUUUGGAAGGCAAAGAUAUCUGUAUUAAGGACAUCUUCAGCACUGACUUCAUAGAGAACCACAAUGAACAGUUGAUUUUAUUAUAUGGAAAUGCUGGAUCUGGGAAGUCAGUGGUCAUCAAUAAAUUGAUUCACGAUUGGUGUCAUCAAAAAAGUCACGACCACAUUACGUUAAUGUUUCCAUUACCGUUAAAGAAACUAAAGCAAAUGUUUGGAGAUGACGCAAUUUCAUUUUUACAUAUUUUACAUUCAUUUUACCCCGAAACCAAAAGACUGAAACUUGAUGACUACAGUAGCAAAGAAUGCAAAAUUAUGUAUAUAUUUGAUAGUCUUGAAGAAAUUGCUGAGGAUAUUAACUUUUCAAAUUCACAGCUCGUUUUCAACAUUCAAGAGCCUGCUAAACUAAAUGUUUUGAUUGCAAACAUCCUUAGAGGCCAGUUACUGAAAUUUGGCUACUGUUUGUUUGGUUCUCGGCCAUUGGUGGACUACUGCAUUCCCUGGGACAUGCACCACUUUGUUUAUGAGGUGCUUGGCUUUAAAACAGAGGAGAGAGAGGAGUAUUUCAAGAAGAGGUUUCAAGACCAGAGUCAAGCUGAUCGUGUCAUUGCAUACGUCAAGUCCUCUAAAACCCUCCACAUCAUGUGCUACCUGCCAUUGUUCUGUUCAUUAUUGUCUGAUUUGUGCCAAAGCGUGUUUACCAAGCAGGCCCCACAGGCAGAACUACCCAAGGGAAUCACUUACAUGUACACAAAGCUAUUUCAAGCUCUUAUACAUGACUAUCGCAAGGACCGAAAAGUCACCAUUGACAAACUUAAUUUCAUCAUGGCUCUUGGGAGACGUGCCUUCAUCAUGUUGGAAAAACGAGAGUACUUCCUGAGCAUAAACUACCACAGAGAUGAAGGGGAACCAGUGGAUGACUUUGAAGCAGUGACCUACAGUGGCCUGGGCACUUUGUUCUACACCAAACCACUUCUGUAUGUAGAGGAAAGGCUGUUCAGCUUUUUCCACCCCACCAUGCAGGAAUACAUCGCUGCUCUCUAUGCAUUUCUCACAUUAGUAAAAGAGGGCAAGAACAUUUUUGAGCCACCAAAAGGCAGAAUGACACUGAAGCUCAGUAAAAGCAAGAAAGGCUCUUUGGAUUUGUACAAAUAUGCUUUGGAGAGAAGCUUGUCUUGUGAAGAUGGUAAACUGGACAUUUUUAUGCGUUUCUUAUUUGGUAUGUCCAACACAAGAAACACAGAACUCAUCCAACAAAUGUUCAGUCUCACUGUGACAUGGAAAUCAAUUGCAAAAGAGGCUGAGACUCUUAUUAAGAAGAAAAUGUCAGAAAACCAGUAUCACGCUAGGGUCAAAAACUUAGAGAAGUGUUUAGUAGAGCUUAUGUAGUAAAAACCCAAAGCAGGGAAGCCUACAGUACUUUAAAAUGCUGAAAACAUAUUAACAUUAGUUUGAAUAGCAAGCAAAUUAGUGUUGAAGAAAAACAUCAGAGCGAUACAACAUCCAAGAUUUGUAUUUUACAGCAGAUUUUAUAUUUUGAAACAUUUAAAAAACAAUAUCAGUUUACAAGAUAUUUCCUGUGCUUUGCUUUAUAUCUGUUAACUGUGUAUCCAAGUCUAAUAAAGUGCUUAUUCUUUUGUUUGCAAUGAGAAGUCAUUGUCAGUUUGAUGAACUUGUGAACUGUACCAAAUGCACUUGUCACUACACAAGUAAAUUUUCCCUUGAAAUCCU